AUGGGAAGGGGGAGAGUUGAGCUAAAGAGAAUAGAAAACAAAAUAAACAGGCAAGUGACAUUUUCAAAGAGAAGAAAUGGGCUGCUGAAAAAAGCUUAUGAAUUAUCAGUACUUUGUGAUGCUGAGGUUGCCCUAAUCAUCUUCUCUAGCAGGGGGAAGCUUUAUGAAUUUGGUAGCACUAGCACAACUCAAACCCUUGAACGCUACCAACGCUGUUCUUUCAAUCCCUUAGACAACAAUGCUGAAAGAGAAACUCAGAGUUGGUUCCAAGAGGUCUCAAAAUUGAAGGCCAAGUAUGAAUCUCUUCAAAGAACUCAAAGGCACUUGCUGGGAGAAGAUCUUGGACCAUUGAGUCUUAAAGAGUUGCAGAAUCUUGAAAAACAAUUGGAAGGAGCUCUUGUUCAAGCUAGGCAAAGGAAGACUCAAAUUAUGAUGGAACAAAUGGAAGAGCUUCGUAGAAAGGAGCGCCAACUUGGAGACAUGAACAAGCAGCUCAAGCUCAGAGUUUCACUAGAAAUGUCAACGAUUGAAACUGAAGGGCAAAGCAUGAGGACAACAACACUCCCUUCCCUGUGGAAUGGAGGCAAUUUUCCGAAUCAAGUCGAAAUCGAGCCGGAACCCAUUUUGCAAAUAGGGUAUCAACAGUAUAAUAACAUUGGAGAAGGUUCAUCUGCUGGUGCAAGAAACAUGGCUGUUGACCAAAGUAAUUUCUUUCAGGGGUGGACUCUUUGA